AUGGCCCGAGUGGCACGCACUUUGGCCAAAGGUCUCGAGCAAAAGACGCUAGCGGAAGACGAAGGUUCUGUGGAAACGGCUGCAUGGGAAGAAGAGGCAAGAAGCCUCAGAUUGGCUGUAAAUGAUUUCCGAAGAGAGAUUCAAGGCGGUGAUUACGACCGGUUUCCAGAUUCCGAUCGAAACCUAUGA